UGUCCAGCGUCAUGGAAAUAGUUACUUUGUUACAGAACGUGUAGGAAUAACCUCCAAGAAGUAGUCUAUGCUUUGCUUUAAUCGCAGACCCCAAUAAUUUGCUAAUAAUGGUUAAUCUUUUUUGUAUUAAAGGAAACAGAUCAAGAUACACAAGAACCUGUUUAGCGGGGGAAGUGGAGCAAGUCCAAGGAAUGUCGAUCAAGACCAGAAUGCACUAGUCUGAGAUAUCAUUACUCAUCUCACUCGGCGCUGAAUGGUUUCUUCCACCCGGGGCACUUUGUCUUUGUGCUGGAAACAAAAUAUUUUGACAAUGUUUGACCAGGUCGGUGGGAUGUACAGCAAGUCUGUGUUCGAGGACCUUAUCACACGCAAGGAUAACAAUCAAACUAUUCUUCAGGAUUACAACGAAUAGACGAAUGUUUGCAAUUGCUUCUUGGUGAAAACGAGUUUUCGGGUGAACCGGUAUGUCAUUGCUGGGGUGAUGCAUGGACUGAGGAGUUACAAGUUGCGAUAGCCCACAAGUUUAAUUGCAGUUUCAAGUAUCGAAGGUAAAGCUUGGAUAUCCUCAAUAGAAACAAAGAAAACGUUUAGGCUAAUGGCACAUAAGGCUAUCGAUAGGAAUAUGGUAUUGAUGUAGUAGGCAGUUGGUGCAUGGCAUUAAGCAAUUUAUCCAGUUUGCAAUUGAUAUUUGCAGUAAGAAUACCAAAGUAAAUAGCCCAUAUUCCUUGUUAAUAAUUGUAUGUGUACAGGAAUGGAUUCUCACAACCACUGAAAACCAUUUGCAAUUCGAUGUUACUGCUUUUGUAUGCAGUCCACAGGCCUACUAAAAAGAUUGACAAGAUUCUUGGCACAGUAUAGAAAACAACCCCAGCAUUUGUGUAAUCGAGUCGUAGAUAUACCCAGCUUGAUACUGCACUAGCUGUUUUUUUGGGGAGUUAAACCAGUUAUAGCACUAAGGUUAUUAUCGUGUUAUAGUGCAUGAGCACAGAUCAGUGUUUAUGCUAUUUGACAGUUGUGGCGUUCCAGCACAAUACCAUUAGAUUUAAAUAACUCUUUCACACCAUCCCUUAUUGAUUCAAACAAGUGUUGGGUGACUACAGUUGAAAUGAGCUGAAAUAGUAGGGCUAUAGUUCAACAAUUUAGACAUCACCUAUUUGUGUGUUAAAAUGUUGUGCUCAAGGGUAGCAGCAUCACAAUGAUUUUAGGCAGCGUGUGCAUAUGAUUUUCAUCAGAGAGUCAAAAUGUCGAUGAAAGGCAAGGCACUCUACACUUUCCAAAGUGAAAACAAAGAGGAGAUCAGCAUACAGGAGAAUGAGGAACUGGUUAUCUUUGACGAUAACUCUGUAGAUGGCUGGUUACAAGGGGAGAACAGUAAAGGACAGAGAGGUCUCUUCCCAGCCUCUUAUGUGGAAGUAAUCCGCCCUCGUUCCAACUCAAACUUGACAGACUGCUCCAUAAGCCCGGUGGGUUCUCCAGGCAAUGACUCCUCAUAUUUCCCCUCUGCCCCAAACACGCCCUUUCACAUGCAACAAGGUUACUAUGACGACGAUGAUGAUGACUGGGAUGAUUGGGAUGACAGUUCCACAGUGGUGGACGAUGAUGGCCGCAGUGGCGCAAAUGGACAUUCCCAUCAGAGCCCCCACUCCAACAACCCCAAUGUCCACUAUCGAGCCAAACCUUACAUGGAGAGGCAGGACAGCAUCUCCAGCUCGCGGAAGGGCAGUAUGGUGGGCAGGAACUUGAACCGAUUCUCCAGCUUUGUCCGCUCAGGGGUGGAAGCUUUUGUGUUGGGCGAUGUGCCCAUGAACGCUAAGAUAGCGGAGUCGUACACCAUUGAGAUGGGCCCCAAAGGGCCUCAAUGGAAAGAAAGCCCCACACCUUUCUCUUGCUCCAUCGAGGACCCUACCAAGCAGACCAAGUUCAAAGGCAUCAAGACCUACAUAUCGUACCGAGUGACCCCAAGCCACAAUGCGAGGCCUGUGUACCGGCGUUACAAGCACUUCGACUGGUUGUACAACCGUCUACUGCACAAGUUCACCGUCAUCUCCGUGCCCCACCUGCCCGAGAAACAGGCAACAGGGCGCUUCGAAGAGGACUUCAUCGAGAAGCGCAAGAGGCGGCUGAUCCUCUGGAUGGACCACAUGACUAGCCACCCGGUCCUGUCACAGUACGAGGGCUUCGAGCACUUCCUCAUGUGCGCCGACGACAAGCAGUGGAAGCUGGGCAAAAGGCGGGCAGAGAAGGACGAGAUGAUGGGCGCCAACUUCAUGCUCACCUUCCAGAUCCCAAAUGAGCACCAGGACCUGCAGGACGUGGAGGAACGUGUGGACUCCUUCAAGUCCUUCGCCAAGAAAAUGGAUGACAGCGUCAUGCAGCUUACACAUGUGGCCUCAGAACUGGUGCGGAAGCACCUCGGAGGUUUCCGGAAGGAAUUUCAGCGGCUGGGGAAUGCCUUCCAGAACGUCAGUCAGGCUUUCAUGCUGGACCCCCCCCACUGCUCGGACGGCCUCAACACCGCCAUCUCCCACACGGGACGUACUUACGAAAACAUUGGGGAAAUGUUUGCGGAGCAACCUAAGUAUGACCUCUUCCACAUGCUGGACAAACUGUCACUCUACCAGGGCCUACUCGCCAACUUCCCGGACAUUAUUCAUCUACAGAAAGGUGCAUUCGCCAAGGUCAAAGAGAGUCAGCGGAUGAGCGACGAAGGGAAAAUGGACCAGGAAGAGGCAGACGGAGUGCGUAAACGCUGCCGGACAGUGGGAUUUGCUCUACAGGCUGAGAUGAACCACUUCCACCAGCGUCGAGAGGUGGACUUCAAGGAGAUGAUGCAGGCCUACAUCAAACAGCAGAUCGCCUUCUACCAGCGCGUGGGCCAACAGCUGGAGCGUACCCUGCACAUGUACGACAACCUGUAGAGGCUGGGCUUGUCAUCAGCCCUGACGUUAUCCUUUUGAUCCAAAAUGGCCGCCCAGUUCAACGGGGCCUCUUCAGGGGUUGUCAAAAAUCCUAUUGGAAACCGAGACAUCCCACUGGACACACACUGGUUGUUUAAAUGUCAUUUGUCAAUGUAUUGUGACGUGGAAAAGACAUUGGAUUUGAACAAAUUUUUCAUCAUUGAAAUUAGGGUAAAACUUCAACUUAACUACAGAGACUUAACCUGAUUAACAAGUUGUUACAUCAGUCUAAUUUCAACAUAAUCAUCAUAACAAUUAAAUACGUGGAAAUUGCAUUGAAAAUUCCACGUAGAAAUGUAAAAAAUCUUCAACUUUGGGUGGUUGAAAUGAAGUUUAAUUUCAUAUUUGAUUAGACAUAUGUUAUUUGAACUGUUCAAUGCUGAUAGUAAAAUGGUAUGUUUGAUGUUUGAAUCAACAUAAUUUUUUCAACGUCAUGCCAUCAACCUAAAUAGAUGUAUAUUGAAAUAAAAUGGUAAGCCACAGUCCCAACGAUUCCUGCCUGAACAUUGACACCUACGGAGAGGUAAUGCACUUCAGUGAAACAAGUCUACCAUACAGAUAGAUGCCUUCCUCUAUGUACCCUGCUUAGCUUGAGAAACAAGCUGUGUUCAAUUCAGCUGGCCUAUCAUGUCAACACAGUUAGACAUUGGUCAGCUUCCAUACACUUUUGCAUAGACUACCUAAAUACCAUUGAAUAGUUGAAAGUAACUCCUCUAACUUUUCUUACACUAGCUGUAUGUGAAAGUAAGUUUGGAGUGAGGUUGGGUUUAUUAUGUAAGCUACAUUGACAUCUGAUUUUCCCAAAGACCACCAUCAUUUCAACGUUAGGUAUACUGUCAUUCGACUAUGGCUGAUUGGAUCUUUAGAAGUAUAGAAGUAGUUACCAUUAGCCUUAUAAUUAGGAUGCUGAAUUUACCUCUUCAUGAUGACAUGAAGUUGAAACUGACGUUGAUUCAAACAUACAAUUUUACUAGGUGAAAUGAAAUAUGUCUAAUCAAAUAUAAAAUUAUAUCCUUAAGAAAGCUACCCUUAAGAAAAAUAUAGUUUACUUAACUAAGGUUACUUUGAAAAAGUAGUUCAAUAUAUCAAAAGUACAUCAUUCAGAAAAAUGAUUGUAUGUAAAUUUGAAAUGUCAUAGACUACAAAUUGCAAGAACAGUUCACUUUGGGGUCAUACAUUAAUGGAAUAUGUAAUUUUAAUAGAAUAUGUAAGUUUCAAGUGAGAAUUUGGCAGGUCUGAUGCCGAAAACCCCCCAAAAUAUUUCACACUUCACCCAUAUAUAUAUAUUUUUUUUUUGACUAGUUCAACUACCACCUAGCUUCUUCAAAUGUAGUUAAAUUACUAGUUGAACUUCAUGUAGUUUGCUACUCCCCAACACAAAAUAUCAACCAGUUUCAUACACUUAGUGUACAAAACAUUAGGAACACCUGGUCUUUCCAUUACAUAGACUGACCAGGUGAAAGCUAUGAUCACUUGUUCACUCCACUUCAAUCAGUGCAAAUGAAGGGGAGGAGACAGGUUAAAGAAGGAUUUUUAAACCUUGAGACAAUUGAGACAUGGAUUGUGUUUGUGUGCCAUUCCAAGAGUGAAUGGGCAAGACAAAAGAUUUAAGUGCCUUUGAAAGGGGUAUGGUAGUAGGUGCCAGACACACUGGUUUGUGUCAAGAAUUUAGGGUAAAAAGGAGGGGGCGAUAUAGCUCCAAUAUUAGGUAGGUAUCCCUAAUGUUUUGUACACUUAACCUGGAUGAACAUAGGAUUUUUAUAUAUAUAUAUAUAUAUAUAUAUAUAUAUAUAUAUAUAUAUAUAUAUAUAGUACGUUUAUAUGUGGAAUUUCCAAUGCAUUUUCAACAUAUACGUAGUUCUGAUGAUUAUGUUGAAAUUAGAUUGAUGUAUCAAUCUGUUAUUCAGGUCAAGUCAUUGUAUUGAAGUUGAAGUUUUACCCUCAUUUCAAUCAUUACAACGCUGGUUGAAAUGAGAUGAAAUCAGUACUGUUUGAUUACUUUUUGUAUUUUCCACAUUGAUUCCACGUCACAAUACGUUGACAAAUGGUAUUGAAACAAUGUUGAUUUAACCAGUGUGUGCCCAGCGGGAUGGCUGCAAGCUGGAAAAGUUUAUCUGUUUAUUCUCUUUCUUCAUGGUGGACCAUGAUAGUCACACAAACCCUGGCUUGAAAGAAGAGAGGGGUUGCUGAGGUUGCGUCCUUAUAAAGAUGACUUUCUGCUUAUUUUGACUUGAAUAUGGGCCAAGUGGUUCAUAGACUUGGACAGAAAGAGGGCAUGUUCUUGAAGAGGCUGGAGAAGCCAGUUUGUGCACUUCACGUAAUAGUCACUUUCCAGGCUGAAAUUCAAAGUCUAAAUUCUUUGUUUCAAGGGACUUACACCAUUGUCUUCUUCAUAAAGCCAACAAUUUUGCUAUGUUAUGACCAACAUUGUUUUGUUGUUGUAUACAAUACCAUCUAUUUAAGGUGUUUGCAACAAAUCUUAAUACGUCAAUUGAUAGGUGGAAUUUAAGAAUUCUCUGUAGAGGUUCAAAGAUAGGCAUGUGUAGCCUUAAGCAGACGGUAGGAGCUGAACCCUUUUCGUGUACUGUAUGAAAACCCUGACAGAGUCCAUGCCAUCUCCUCCCGUUGUUUCUCAGAGUAAGGGCUUGAAUGCUCAGGUGUUCACUGCAAACGUGUUACCUGAAUGUAUCUUCUUGAGCUCUCCGUACAAGCCAUGACUGUGCCAGAUGGAGGCUUUCAGAGUUCCAAGAGGCAGCAGCUGCACUACAUGGCUUAAGAGAAUUAACAUCAUGGAAUUAAUGUUACUUUUUCCCGUGGUCCCUAUCAGUGCCUUGAAGGAGCAGAGGUAUUUUAGUGUGAUUUUCUAAACAAAUGUCUUCACCUGCUUCUUUGCCCAUUUGAGGAGAAGCAGGCCUUUGGAAUCAGUUGUGCUCCAGUUGAGUUUGCACAGGAGCUUUGCACCCGCCGAUCAUGGUGUGUGUGCGUGCAUGCCUCCGUGCGAUUGUAAAUCGUUGGGUUAUUGAUAGACUCCUUGUUCUUUCUGUUGCAACAAACGUUUGGCCAGCAGUCUUGAAGUUGGAAGUCCUUAAUGUUACAGUAAGUGUAAACAAGGAGUAAUCACCCCUCUUAUUUGAGAAACAAUGUUGACUUUGAACAUAGUGUUCUUCUCUGAGCUGAAUCAUUACCGCACCAAUUUCAGUGUUGAUUACCAAAUAAUUGAAGUUGUUCCAGUCAUAUAACACAUGUAUUUUAAUAGGAGCCACCUUGUGAGACUUUAUAGAGAUCUGUGGUUUGUUUGAGCUAUCUUUAGAACUAUUAUGAAUCUAAGAGGUUAAGACGGAGACACUGCUUCUCAGUGAAAGCAUUGCCUCAAGAACAGUCAAGUAAAUGAUUAAAUACAGAGCACUAACUUGUUCACAAUUAAGGCGUUGCUUUGAAUAGUUACUUGAGUUAACGGUCCAUUCACAUGCUUUAAUUGGCUUUCCCCAAGUACCGUUAAAUAAUACAGUACUCUACUCAGGGUUUUUAUUCUGAUGAUGGAAUAUUGAAGUAUAAAUGUCUCGCACAGACCCCAAAGAGUUCUCCUGACAUGUAUUUCCAUUCACUUCAAUUUGACAGGACAAAAACCAAUCACCAAAAAAACAAUACUAUAAGUUAUUGGAUGAUGUUUUUUUCCCAGUAAUGCUUGAGACCAUAGUUUGAGUAAAUAAACCAAGACUGCCCUGCCAUUACCUUUUAAGUAAACCACAAAAGUCUGACUCUGUCUAUGACUCAGUACUGAGUGUUGUCUCAAUGGCUGGUCCACUUCCAACGUACAUUCCAGGGUAGAUGUUAAAACCAGGUGUUUCACAACACUUCUUGUGAAAUGUCCUCAUCUUCUCGCCUGUUUUUUUUUAUUUUUAUUACACAAAGACCAAAGUAUCAUUAUUUAGCACUCAGUAUGAAAUGAAAGGGUCUCUCCAAUAAAUAGCUGACCAUACAUAGGAGGUGGUCGAGUGUUGGCUGUCUUCAAUGGUUUUCUUAUUCAUACGGUCACAUUUUGAGGAGAUGGGUCUGACAUCCUCUGUGGAAAGAGACUAACAGGGCAAAAGGAGAAGGAAUAUUCAGGAGAAAAGGACUGGAAAUGAUUCCAUGUGAACUGUUACUCACCGACCCUGACUGACACUGGCAGUGCAAACGGUAAUGUAAGGACAUGUUGACGAACUGUAUGGCUGGUGGAAGGACACUCACAUGAGUCUGACAUGGAUGAUUCGGGCUUAACGAGUAUGUGUGAGAAUGAGACUGGGACUGGCAUGAUGAGACCUAAGGUUCUGUUAUAUUUUCCUAUAUUGAAAUACACACUGUCUUAGGAUUUUGGCACAAGGAACGAUGUCACUAAGGGAGGCUCUGAAAGGCUUAAUAAAAGCGAUCAUGCUGAUUCUGAUCUUUAAUGUUGUUUAUCUAUCUUUGUACGUGGAGCAGUGAGUUAAUGUUGCCUUAGGGAAAGAUGGGGGGUGCUUUCUGGAGCCUUCAGAAUAUAUGGUAUGAAUACACACUAUACAAAUUGUAUUACUAAAUUGCUGGGUAAAAGACACAAAAAGGCACGUAUGCUAUUAGCACAAUGAUAUUUGACAUCACAUAAUAUGGAUAUUUUUCCAGCUUUAACUGGGAAACUACCGCAACGAGUCAAACUCCCUCUACGCAAACUUGUAAAAAAAAUAUUGAGAAGGAGAUUUUAUGUUUUUUUUUACGAGUCUGCAUAGAGGGAGUUUGAUUUUUUGCAGUAGUUUCCCAGUCAAAGCUGAAAAUAUACAUUUUAUGUCAGCAAGUAUUCUCAUAGAAUUCCUAUGGCAUAUGCGUUGAAUGGUCCAUUUAUGUCAGAACCAAAUACAUUUAAACUCAGUUUUUUUCACAAUUCCUGACAUUUAAUCCAAGUACAAAUUCUCUGUCUUAGGUCAGUUAGGAUCACCACUUCAUUUUAAGAGUGUGAAAUGUCAGAAUAAUAGUAAAGAGAAUGAUUUAUUUCAGCUUCUUUCAUCACAUUCCCAGUGGGUCAGAAGUUUACAAACACUCAAUUAGUAUUUUGUAGCUUUGCCUUUAAAUUGUUUAACUUGGGUCUGUCACGACUUACGCCGAAGUCGGUCUCUCUCCUUGUUCGGGCGGCAAAUCGGCGGUCGAUGUCACCGGUCUUCUAGCCAUCGCCCAUCCACCUUUCAUUUUCCAUUUGUUUUGUCUUUUCUUCCCACACACCUGGUUUCAAUUCCAUCAUUACAUGUUGUGUAUUUAACCCUCUGUUCCCCCCAUGUCCUUGUCCAGAAUUGGUUAUUGUAGUGCUUGUGCACGUCAUGCUGAUGUGUAACGGGUUUUGUUUACCCAUUGAUUUAUUGUUCUGUUUACGGUGGUUUUGUUUAUUAAACUGCGUCAGGGGUGCGUCAGGGGUGCAUUCAGUCCUCCACUUCA